AUGGCCCAGCCAGUUGCAUGGAUGGCUGUUUUGGAUGCCUGGGCAACCCUUGGGUUGAAUGAGUGGCUUGAGGUGAUAGUGGCUGACUUUUACUUAUCCCACAUGUGGUAUGGGCUACUUGGCAAAUCACACAUGAGAUAUAUUGGUCUGCAUGUAGCAAGAGUAUCUGCAAAUGACAUAGAGGAUGAAGAAGUAGAGAAUUUCUGGAGGAACAAUCUUUUGCCUCACAAGGGCAUAUGUCCUGUUCUCCCCGUCAGAUUCGUAGUCCAUCAUUCCCAACAUUUCUUCACAGUCAUCUUUGACUACCAGCAACACAAAGUGCAUGUCCUUGGUUGCUAUAUUACUGCCGAUGACAAUGCAAUGGAUAUCAAUGGCAUGGAUCCAGACAACUGGAAUGAGUGGAAUGGACUGGAAUAUUGGAGGAGAAUUGGAGUGCUUCAUGGCUGGAAGACAGGGGAUGUCACCGAUGUAUCUGUGAUAUUUGUGGAUUGGGAGCAGAAUGGAGUGGACUGUGGUCCAAUCGCUUGCUCUGUGCUCAAGCAAUGUCUCAACUCUGGAUUAGAUGAGCAUGGUGACUUGCCAGUGUUUCAAAUUCAGUGUGGCCACAGACUGAGGAUUCACAUGCUGUGUGUAAUCACUGGGCGUAUCAAGAUUUGCUGUAGUGACUACCUGAUGCUUCUAGACAGCUCACUGGAUGAUUGGCAACAGGAUGAUAUACCAGAUGAAGAUAUCAUCAAUGCAAUUCAAAAUGGGUGUCAUCAAUCUAAAUGCCUAAAACUCCUGCAGAAAUUGACUGUAGUGAGUGCAACCUGCUCCAAAUGUCAACGUCCAAUGGUUCAUCAGGAUAGUGAUAACCCCCCGCAUGAUCCAUGGAAUGAAGAUCAAUCCCCAGGUGAUCAAGACAGUUGUGAAGCUGAAAGGAGUGAUGAUGAGGAGUCCCUGGGCAUGGCUCUGCCUGCAGACAGAAAGGUGAAGCUUGCAAAGAUUUUUAAAGCGAGCAGGCUACUGACCGGAUCUCGAAAUUGCAAUGCCAUAGUCCCCUGUGCCAUCGGAACACACCUUCAACUGGAGCUGGAUGCACUGCCUGAUAUUGAGGCUACCAAUGACUCACAAUGCUCUGUAUCUGCUUUAGCAUCUCACAGGAAGGUAAAAGACUGGCAUCUCAGGAGCAACAAACAAUUUCCACGUCCCAUUGCACCACCUGCCCUUGCUGCAUAUGCAGGUAGGAGGUGGCUCCAGGACAGUCACACAUUUGAUGAUUAUGAUGGUGGACCAACAAUCAAAAUGUUAAUUGCUCCAAGAGAUAUAAUCCAGCAAUGA